AUGUGUGAAUCGGGGCUUCCGGCCGCCUCCUCUCGGUACCUUGGGAAAGGGGCCGGGGCGGGGGGGGGGAGCGAGGUAAGGGAAGCGGUGGCUCGCGGAGCCGUGGGAAUUUUGAGGCAAUUGGAACGGAAGCGUCUUGCCGAGCGCGCGUACCGGCUGCGGCGCGAGGGUAACGCCCUCCCCGCCCGCCGCUCCACAGGUUCCUAUUCAAAUGAGGCCCUGAGGCGACGCCCCCACCGGGACGGGGGGCUGCCUAGGCCCUGGCGGCCCCUUUUCGUUUCUCCAAAGAGCCGGAGGGCCUUCAAGGCCCCGAUCGGUCGGUGCGAGGUGGAGGGGGCCGGCCACCGGCCGCCCGGCCUUCAGGGCUGCUGGAGCGCUAUUCCCAUCUCCGUUGUGAGUCAGUCGGGGGUCAAGGAGCUCCAGAUCCUGGGGACCCUGGCCAUCGCCCCCACUAUCAAAGUAAUCCCCGCCCAGGCCCCCCAGAAGCCUGGGGCCUCCCAGCCUCAGCGGAAAUGCCCGUCAAAGGCCGUUAAAGCCCCUAGGAGGCAAGUCACCCUCCUGCCCCGCCCGCCUCAGGAUAACCUGUUCAAACCAAUUACGGACCAGCUCCACUACUUGCUCAAGAAGGCCGAUGAUUUCCAGGGCUACUUGCUUAUGAGGGACAAGAUGCAGAAGAAGCAGGUGGCCAUGGCUGUGCCCACCCUCCUGCAGAUGUGUCAGCCCUUCUUUCAGUUUGUGGAGUCAUCUGCCCGAGGGUCAUGCCAGUCCAGUGGAAAUCUGCUAGGAAACCUGCCUGGAAAUCUGCUCGGAAAUCUGCCCAAAAAUCUGACCUCCACGGUUCGCAAACAGCUGCUGGAUGUCUCUCAACAGCUGGCACUGCGGCUGGAGCAGCUGAUCAUCCUGUAUGCCACUAGUAACUUGGUCACUUUGGAGGAUACCAAUCCACUUAGUAUCUCCUGUUUCUUCUGUGGGAAGUUCUCACUCAGUGCCUCUCAUCAAAUCUCCAUCUUCCGCUACUGCACCCCGAACCCUUAUACAUCCCGCUGCCUCCCCCGCCACCUCUACAAGAAGAUGCGCUGGAAUGUAGAGAUCACUCCACAGCCUGGGAGCAAGAAUCCUGUAAUCCAGGAGGAGUAUUACUUCCUCUGCUACCGAGAUUCAAGCUCCAAAAAGGGCAAGAAGACUUCCAGCAAACGCACAAGGAACCGAAAAGUCUGGUCCUUGGGGCGAUGGGUGCCUCUAGUGCCUGACAAGAAUGAAAUUUCAGACAUUUAUGCCUGGGUCCUGUGCAUUCAGCCUUCUGGUGACUACCAGCAGCUGUUGACCAUUGGUUUUGAGGAGCCGUCUCAUACAAUGGCCACUAAUCUCCUGGUGCAAGUCCUAACUGGCCAGUAUAUGGCAGUAAACUUCACCCCCAUCACCUUAGGUAGAAAGCGCCCCCUGCGGCAACUGCUCCCUGUUUCGUUGUCUUAAUUUCUCCUAGGUACAAUAAAACCAGAAGUGUUCUGUAUGCAUCUUC